AUGAAUCGCGUUGCUUUGUUAGCUCUGGUUGGCUCCACUUUCGCUUCUCCUAUUAAAUCGCUCAAGUCGCGUGCGCCUGCUGAUGCCAAGUAUCUCUUUUCCUUCGGAGAUUCAUAUUCCGAAACCGGCUUCGACGUCACCAGCACGCAACCCUCUGCUACAAAUCCAUUCGGUAAUCCCGCAUUCCCUGGCUACACCACCGACAAUGGCAUCAAUUGGAUUGGCCAUCUGGUCGAAACCUACAAUUCCUCGCUUAUCCUAUCGUAUAAUUUCGCAUAUGGUGGUGCGGUUGUCGACGCCAGCAUUGUUGCACCUUAUGAAGAUACAGUCUUGACUCUCGUCAAUCAAACCACUGAAUUCGUGGAUCAUCUCUCGCCUGCCCCAACGGAUGCUCCUUGGACGGCGGAUAACUCGCUUUUUGCGUUUUGGUUUGGAGUGAACGAUCUUGGGAAUUCUUAUUGGUUGGCCAAUGAGACGGAUGUCAUUACUGCGAUUUUUGAUAGUUACUUUGCCCAAGUGCAACGUGUGUACGAUGCUGGAGGAAGAAGCUUUUUGUUUUUGAAUUGUCCUCCCGUCGAUAAAUCCCCCAUGAUGCUCGCCUACGGCGAAUCCGUCACCUCCUCCGAAGCCGCCGUCAUCAGCGCCUACAACACCGAACUCAACGCCCGCGUAUCCGCUUUCAAAACUGCAAAUUCCGAAACUACUACUUAUGUUUUUGACACGCAAGUUCCAUUUAAUACGGCUCUCGAUGCUCCAGCUACUUAUGGGGCUACGAAUGCAACGUGUUUCGAUGCGGAUGGAACGACUUGUCUUUGGUGGAAUAAUCUGCAUCCCGGUCAAGCGAUCCAGAAAUUAGUCGCGGAAGGUGUGGCGGAGCAGUUGCCGGGGUCGUUUUUUCAGGGGGGUGCGAGUGCGAGUGCUAGUGCUAGUGCUAGUGCUUCGGGUUCUUCCUCCAUACCAACUAUGGCUUCUACAUCCAGCAUCCCAACAUCUUCCGCCGUUCGAACUUCAAGCCCGACAAUAGCUGCAUCGCUGGGAUCUCGUCUGCGGCGGCGGUUUACGUCUGUAGCAGUAUUUUCCUCGGCUGAGCCUGUGGUUAGUAGCGCUGCCGCGUCGGCUACAGCGGUUGCUGCGGGUGGGGAUGAUGAGUGUGAGGCUUAG